AGUAGGUUCAUUUUAUGUAUAGUGGCUGACUUUGACCUCUCAAUUGCUCAAAGGACAACUCUUGUUUUACAUAUUGUAGUUGAUAGAAGAAGAUUGAAGAAUCAAGGUUAGGCCCAUAACCGGAAGCCACAGUCGCGAAUGGCGUCACAAAUCGUAAGACGACUCGCUCGGAGCGGAGCCUAUGCUGGAAUCUUCUCCUCCCCCAACCCUACUUUCCUAGAUCGGACCUUUUCUUCCGCCGCUUCCGGUUCCAAUCUGAUCCGAGCCACUCUCUUCCCAGGAGAUGGCAUCGGCCCUGAGAUCGCCCAAUCGGUUAAGCAGGUAUUUAGAGUUGCUGAAGUGCCAAUUGAAUGGGAAGAACACUUUGUUGGGACAGAGAUAGAUCCUAGAACUCAGAGUUUUCUAACAUGGGAAAGUCUUGAAUCUGUGAGAAGAAACAAAGUUGGUUUAAAAGGGCCAAUGGCCACACCGAUUGGGAAAGGUCAUCGGUCCCUUAACCUUACCUUGAGGAAAGAGCUCAAUCUGUACGCCAAUGUCAGACCUUGUUACAGCCUACCUGGAUACAAGACGAAAUAUGAUGAUGUAGAUCUCAUUACUAUUCGUGAGAACACAGAAGGAGAAUACAGUGGACUUGAACAUCAAGUGGUAAGGGGUGUUGUUGAAAGUCUCAAAAUCAUUACACGCCAAGCAAGUCUGAGAGUUGCAGAGUAUGCUUUUCACUACGCCAAGACCCACGGACGAGAAAGAGUAUCUGCAAUACAUAAAGCCAACAUCAUGCAGAAAACUGAUGGUCUUUUCCUUAAGUGUUGUCGUGAAGUUGCAGAAAAGUACCCGGAAAUAGUUUAUGAAGAAGUAGUGAUCGACAAUUGCUGUAUGAUGCUUGUGAAGAAUCCAUCACUUUUUGAUGUUCUUGUGAUGCCUAAUCUCUAUGGUGACAUAAUAAGUGACCUUUGUGCUGGUUUGAUUGGGGGCUUAGGCUUAACUCCAAGUUGCAAUAUUGGUGAGGGGGGGAUUGCUCUUGCUGAGGCCGUACAUGGUUCUGCACCUGAUAUUGCAGGAAAGAAUUUGGCAAAUCCAACUGCUUUGCUUCUGAGUGCUGUCACUAUGCUGCGCCAUUUGGAUCUGCACGAUAAAGCUGAUAAAAUCCAGGAUGCUGUUUUGAAGACGAUUGCUGAAGGGAAGUACAGAACAGGUGAUCUUGGCGGUAAAUCAACAACAACAGAUUUCACCAAGGCAAUCUGCGAUCACCUCUGAAAUUGUGGAUCGGCAUAUGUACAUUUUAACUUAUUUGCAUUCAGCUCAACAGGAGUUUGUUGAGAUGUUUCUUUCAACACAAUUUCAUACAAUCAGAAUUAGUCUGUGAAGCAUAUUCCUUCACCUUGAUGAUUUACCAUUACCAGAGGAUCUUCCAGCAAUUUUGCUCGAUGAAGCCAAUAAGACACGGCCCUGUUCAAUUAAUUCUGGGGUGGCAAUGCAGCCUGCCUGGUCUCUUGUAGUUGGUUCAGAGUUUUACAUGCUUUUCCUCUUAAGAGCUCCUAUCUUUAUUUUCUCCCCAAAAACGGGAAAAAAAAAAAA